AUGAGCUCCGGGCCUGUGCCUGCGGGGUUCGUGCCAGAACUUCCACCGCCGGGCGAUGCUGGCGACGAAAGGCAGUCCAACUCGUCUUCGAGGUCCAGGAGUCCUCGUGGCCUGGACAGCACUCCCAAGGCGAGCUUCUCCCAGCGAGAAGCACAUCGGCGUGCCCUGCAAAGGACGAGGACCAGCGGCGCUGCGACGCCACGGCGGAGGGCUUUGCGGCACCAUCCUUCCGAGGAGUCCAAGUUUCAUCCCAACCACCGGGCUGUGCAGGGUCCGCAUGGGCAUGGUCAAUCUGCGAUCACAGAGAUCGACCUCCACACCGUUGCUGUGAAGAUCGAGGGGUUCCAUCAGACACCUCUGGAUGGCCUGUAUAGAAGACGCGAAGCCGUCAUGAUUGCAAACCACCCCACGUUCUUCCACACGCAAGGUGAAACAUUCCUGUACAAAAGCGAUUCGUCAAGAUGGACGAUCUCCCCCACCAGCCUGCGCAACGAAAACUUGGUGGAAGCGGCCAAGAGAGGCGAGACGCCGGGCAUCGCCUACCAAAAGGCCGCUGACAAGGGAAUGGAAUGCAUCUGGAUGGAGUUUUUGCAUAAGCGCUGGGUGGACACGAAACCGAGUGUCCGGACUCUUAACUUUGAGGAGUACGAGCGCCAGGCUCUCAGCCGCCAGAAGCGAGCGGCGCCGCUGCCAAGAGAGCGGAGGAAGGUCUCCUCCGUGCCUGUUCGACACACAGCUCCGCGUGCACAGCCACUGCCUUCCAGGCAAGCUGUCCUAGAGCCCAAGCUGAGUGCAGAGCAGCUGCUGCAACAGGCUCAGCAAGAGGUUCGGCGCGAAGCCCGUGACGAGAAGCGACAGCGCCGGGAGCAGCGGGCCAGCCAGAAAGCCCAGUCUGCUAGGUCUGGAGGGGCUGGGCAGAUUGGGCAGAUUGAGUCGACUGGGUCCACCGCAUCAAGUCUGUCGAUUUCCAUGGCCGCCCCCGCUGAGAAGGGCUCAUUGCUUGGGUCUGCGGCCACCUCUUUGCCACCAGCUGCCGCCGUCGCCAAGGAGUCCCCACUUCUGUCCGCUGCAUCGGUGACGCCAGCACCCGCGCUUGCUGCGCCAGCCAAGGCAGCCUUGCUUGCCGCUGCCUCGGCAAUGGCGCCAAAGCUUCCACCGUCAGAGGCAUCUCCGCUGCUCUCCGCGCUGGUGUUGCAACCAUCGCCGCCGUCCUUGUCGGCUCAGGAUCAAGUGGUGCUCGCAAGUACAUCGAAAGUGUCUGUGCUGCCGCCGAAGGAGGCGCCUCCGACAGCUCCGAAGAUGCCCAGUGCAGUCCUGCCUCCACAGAGGAAAGUGGGGCCUGAGGUCCCGCCCGAGGCGCUACAGCCUCCACCCCAGGAGCCACCUCCUCCAGCACCGCCAGCACCUCCCGCUGGUUCAGAGGCUUUGCGAAAGCCGGAAGCAGACGAGAGUGGGCCACCAAGCCUGGUGUCCACUCCAUCGCCGCAUCCGUUGCUAGACCCUUCGAAGGCAAGGCCGAGCAUUCCAAAGACGCCCCCAAAGGCGAAGUCAAGUUUCCCAAAGCGAAGGAGUGAUCCAGGGGAUGACAAAGUUGAUUCCUUCUUGGAAAGACUCACUGGAAAGGCACCAAAGCAUGCCGAAGCUGGCAAAGAACAGCACUGGCAACAAUGGGACGACUGGAGGUGGCAGGAUCGAGAGUGGGAUUGGGCCAGCAACUGGCAGGAUCAGUGGAAGGAUGGCGCGUGGAAGGCGAAUGAUGAUCGGUGGCCUGACAAGGCUGCAGCUCAGAAUCAGUGGUUUGGGCACAAAGAUUCGUGGUGGGCACAAAAGCACAGAGAAUCAGGCCACGAGUCGAAGGCAUCCUGGGAAUCCUGGGAGUGGCAGGACGGCGAGCCGUGGGGCAAUUGGAACAACAGUUCGCCAGCUGAAGCUGGCAGUGGUACAGGCACCUGCCAUUGGGCGGGAUCGGAGCAGGCUGCAGACAAGAAGCUGAAGGACGGCAAAGACAGCAAAGAGAAGGCGAAAGAGAAGAAGGACAAGAAGGAAGAGAAGAAAGAGAAGAAGGAGCGCAAAGAGAAGCACAAGGACAAGAAGGAGAAAGACAAGAAGGAGAAGGAGGCGCACGAGGCUUCUGAAGCUGUGGCCAAGGUCCCGGUGCCGAAAGCUCCCGACCAAGCUGUGCUCGAAGAGGGGCUUAGCGACGCACGGAAGGGCGAGGUCGAGGCCCACACGGCAAAAGGACCGGAUCCGAGCCUAGCUCGCGACAUGGGAGUCGGAGACCCGCGAGACCUCCAUGUGAAGGCUGCCUCGUGUGAGUACGGCUUCCCACCCAGCGUGGAUGGUUUCUUCCUCUUCAUGCGUGAGCGAGAGCGCAUUCGAUUGAGACGCGAGCGUUCUCAGUCAUACCCCUGGACUGACGACGCGGUGCUCAGACAUCUCCGCCUGAGGAAUGUCAAGAAGGAGCACGACCGCACUAGCACUCUCAUCCGCCGGCUACUCUUGCCCUUGGAUGACAAAUGGCGCUCGAGCACCACUGCGCAGCAGAAACGAGCUGUGGUCCGCCAGUACGUGCUGAGUGUUGGGUUGUGGAGACGCUUUGGCACCGUGGACUUCAUCAAUCGAGCUGGCUUGGUAUCUGGAGAUGCGACGCCGGAGGAUCUGUGUGCCAAGGCCUCCACACUGGCGCUGGAUCUCUGGAAGGACGGCAUCCACAGCUGUUGCGAUGCGUAUGGGCCCACGAGCCGUGCCCACGCUGCGGAGCUUUGUGCGUGGCUGGGGGAAGAGGCGUGCAAGCAUCUCCCUGUGGCCAUGCAGCUCCAUCCCCGCCACGGGCAGCAGAUGAUGAAGUCUCUGGUGAAUGAUGCAGGGCUGGAAACAGUUCGCAGUGGCUUGCUGCAGGUUCUAAACAAGGACGGCCAACCCUUCCGCAGUCUUUGCGAGAAAGCUGAUGCGCUGGCAGAUGCUCUGGUUGAUCAAGGGCCCGUGCGCUUCCAGCGACUCGUGCAGCUCCUCGGCGCCGCUGAGGGCCAUGGAAUCAGCAACGGAGUCUAUGCGGCUGAGAUCGUGCGAGACCUUCUGCCAACACCGAUCUGUAGCAGCGGCUGUGUCGACAUUGAUCACUGGGCCCCCUUGGAUCGGCCGACUCGUUGUUGCCUGGACCGGUUGGCCGGGCGGCCCUUACCAAAGGGAGCCCGAAGGAACGAGGCAGUGCCCAACGAAGUGCUCCUCGAGGAGUUGCUUCGGAUCUAUGGCCGCCGUCAUCAGCUUUGGCCAGCAAGCAUCGAAGAUGCGCCCAGUGUGGACCUGCAUCUCCUGGACCUGCGGGCCCAGCUUGCGGAGUUCGAGCGCUACCAGAGGGCAAAGGAAGGCCGGCCCUCUCGCAUGCCCUUCGUGGUCCGCAGCUAG